GGUCGUUUGUAAUAUGGCGACGUAAGCUUGAGCGUGUGCCAAGUUACCAUCAUUUCUGUGUAUUUUCAGUUAAUUCAGUCAUUUGGAUACCUGGGAUAGAACUCCAUGGCAUCAUCGGGUGAGGAAAACAACUGGGUGUUUGAAGAUGAAUCGGUUUCCCUGAGAAAGCGAGACGAGUAUGGCCAGUCCCGUCCAAAGAUCAAGAAAGAACAGAAGCGGCGUCCUAAACCUAAAGAUGGGACCCAGAUGGUGUGUGGAGUGUGUGGUGAUAAGGCCCUUGGCUACAACUUCGAUGCAGUCACAUGUGAAUCGUGCAAGGCUUUCUUCAGGAGGAAUGCAUUGAAAGCAAAGACAUUCUCAUGUAGUUUUGACGGCAACUGUAAGCUGGACCCCCACACCAGGAAAUUCUGCUCAGGAUGUCGUCUCAAGAAAUGCUUCACUAUCGGAAUGAAGAAAGACUGGAUACUCAGUGACGACCAGCUUGCAAAGCGGCGGCGAAGACUCAAAGACUCCAAGUCCCCAGAUCGGUCAGAACAGGAACCCCUGUCCUCAUCCGAAUCACCUUCGGGCAGUUCCGCAGAGGUGAGCACCAGCUACAACUCCGACGGCCUGUACAGCCCCAACUUCAGCGAACACUCCCCGCCACAGCCAUCUCCAUCCCAUGCCACAACCAACAACAUCGCCACAAAAUCAGAACCCAAGGAUAACUCGUAUCCCGUACCUCUGCCCGAGGAUGUACGACUAAGUAUUGCAGAAAUUGAGCAGGUCUAUACCUCCAUUUUUGAUGCUCCAUAUCAUGACACCCAAGCUAUGCGCCUUGAAACUCAACCCCAGACAUCCAAUGAUCUGUUCAACAUGACCGACAUCUUUAUUCGUCGACUCAUCAAGUUUGCCAAGCUCAUCCCAGAGUUCCGGGCCUUAGCUCAAGAAGAUCAAAUUCAUCUAUUAAAAGGCGGAAUCAUGGAGAUCUUUGUGCUGAGAUCCGCGAUGGGCUUCGACAAGCAGCAACAGAUGUGGAAAUACAAGAUGGGGACAGGUACGACAUCCAAGUUAAGCCCCACUAUAAUCAAGGACACACUUGGACAAGAAAUGUACACCGAACACGUCAAGUUCGUCAAAUCAUUUCACAUUUUGACAGGAAGCAAUCGUAUCGUUAUGAUGCUUCUGUUCAUCAUCGAACUCUUUUCCUCGGAUCGUCCAAACUUGAAAAACAAAGCGUUGGUUGCCAAGGGCCAGGAAAAAUACUCCAUGUGGCUGCAAACGUAUUUGGAAUCCCUGUACUCAGUCACAGAAGCUCGAUCUUUAUAUCCCAAGCUCCUUCUCAAACUAUUGGAUGUACGAAAUCUCGGUGAAACAAGCUCCCAACUAGCAUCUCAGCUUGAUGUGACGAAGCUCGAACCUUUGCUUGUAGAAGUGUUUAAUCUAAAUUCAUGAGAUCUAUAUUUAAGAAGAAUUUAUUGGUGUACGUGGAGAAUUAUUUUCAGGAUUGAAAGCGACGUGUUAUAACUGUUAUUGACAACGCACAGGCAGGGAUCUGUUUUGAUAUAUGUGAUUGUGUUGCACAGCUGUUGCGUCAGGUGGGUCAGUACCUUUGACAGCGAUGUUUAUUUCAACAACGGAUUCAUCAUGUAUUUCCUUGUACUGUGUCUUAUUUUCAGGAAUUGAGAUUUCCGUGGGAAUUUUGCCAAGUUCAUUCAGAAACGGAAGGAUCUACCAUUUACACUUUCUUUCGUUCCGUGUUUGUUGAGUUCCAUGAAGGAUGUAUAUUUCGUUUUGGUUGAAAUGAACAGCUGUCAGGUUGUGUUUCUGUAUAGAAUCAUUCCUAAUAGACACUACUGUUUAUGUGUUUGUUGAUCAGUUUGUGAUAGGAGAUUCUUGCCAUCCGUGUUAUUAUACGUCCUCGUAGCCUUCAACUGAGAACCACAAAACGUGACUCCCUCAUCACUCAUUGGAAAAAAAAACGUUGCUGGGACAACAUCAAUGGUUUCUCCCAAACCAGGAGUAUGGCUUUUGAAAUACUAUUCAUGGAACAAACUACAGUAGAGAAAAUAUAAUGUGUGAUUCUUUAUUACAAAAUUUGUUUGCUGGGGAGGUUACGUCAAUGAAACGAGUCCCUAAUUUCAUUUUCUGAUUUGCUACCAACAAGACUUAUAUCUGGAGCUGUGGAUGCACAAUGCAAAGAUAGCAUCAUUUUUUAGAUGAUACUUGAAUUCGACCUUGAAAAUGUAUUUGGAAAUAUGGAUCCUAUGUUGUUUGUUAAACACGUACAUCAUCAAUUGGAGGUCACAUACGCCAUUGUGAAGCUGAACAGCAAGGGAUGAUUAUCUACAAUGAAAUUCAUUCACCUCACAAUUAUUUUAUUAUUAACUGUAACUUGGUAACUUGGAUGUGGUAAUAUGUUUAAGGUGUCGCCAUGUGUGCGAAGAAAUGGUAUAGUGUCUAAUUUCUGGUAUGAGGCCAAAUGGCUGUCCACUGUCUAGUGCCUGAUUCUAUUGAGACUGUCUACAGUAUCUGUUCUGAUGACCAUGGAUGGUUAGACAGAUGUUGUAUGCUUGUGCUAGAUGUGUGACAUAAGCAUCAGUAACUUAUUUCAUGUUGAAUGUAAAACAAUCUAAUUAAAAUCAGAUCUUUUUCUCCCAUAUGAUACCUGUUUGCAUGAAGAUCUGAGGCCAGCACAUUGGAGGUCGCGCCAGCUAAAUCCUGAGCGACGUCUGACUGCCCAUUCUCAAUGAAGGAUGCAUGAGCCAGUCACAUGUCAGCUUUCUGGAAGAAUUUGGCUUCAUUUUUUUAAAACUCAAUUCAGAAAUUUGAUUUUCACAAAUGAAAACCCAAAGAACACAAAUAUUCCUUGAGUGGUUCUCCCAUUUGGUAAAGAAACAGCAUCAUGUAUGAAAUAUCCACAACAAUGUAAUAGUGUGACUUUAUUAUCUACAUUCAGAUCUUCUCGUUUUAGUUCAUUUUUGAGGAACAGAAAUCAGAAAUGCUGGUCAAAACACUUCGCUCAUAUUACUAUGUCCUCCAGUGGUCAGAAUUCGCUCGGAUCUGAGCAGAGAUUGUGGAGUUUCAAGUUACAAAAUGACAUUCCAUUAACAGGCUCAGUGCUGGUCCUUAUACAGAGGGGCCUCGGGGUGGUGGAUCUUUAAGACAGAUAACGGAGAUCAUAUUGCCAACCAAAACCACUGUGUAACAAAGUAAUAUUUCAAAUUUAGAAACCUCAUCACUGAUUCAUUAGAAAAUCCACCUGACACAAGCUCCUAUAAAGAUGCCUGAGAUCUGAUCUUCAUGCAAAAAGGUAUAUUGAAAUUAAAGAUCUGAUUUUAAUUACAUUGACUGAAUAUGUAGAAUUACAACAUCUAUGAAACAUGGAUGAAAGAAAAUGAAAGUACCUAUCUAGACUGCGUUUGUAGAAUGACUAACCUUGCCAAGCCAUGUGAUGCUGUCACAGCUGCUCAACCUUGAAACACCUUCAACCUCACAACCUACUAGUAUAAUACAGAGUUGUGUCCCUUUAGUGUGCCAGAAAACUAUGGUGCAGAUUUGAAUCCCAGAUUUUCCUGAUUUUGUUUCUUGGUUUGUCAGCAGCAUACCCCAUGCUCUUUGGUUUCGGCAAAGGGGUAAACGUCAUGGCUUUCCUACACAAAAAGUUGACACACAGUGUGUGACUGAAAUACAGCACAAAGAAGUGUUAAGGCCAAACUCACCCAAUAGUACAUUCAUUUACAACAUUGUAUAGAACUAUUAAACAGCGAUAAUGAAUAGUCAAAGUUAAAUCCCUCUGUAUAUGAGAGACCACGGGUGGCCCAGUCAGCUAAGGCGCUGCAAAUCGCUGUGCAGAGUUGCGUCCCUUGGGCACGCCAGAAACCUAUGAUUAUGGGUUUGAAUCUCGGUUCGCCCAUACCCGUAC